UCCCCUUUGAAUAAAAACAGAGCUCUUUCCUUCCUCUCUCAAAGACUCAAACCAAACAUCGUAAAAGGAAAUAUGUUCACUCUUUUCGGAAUUUAGUUUCCUUUUUUCCUCUUUUUUGUAAAAGUCCCCCUCUUUUUUUGCUUUGGUUUAUUAAAUCUGUAUGGCAGCAACGACGUCGUAUUGGUGUUACCAAUGCAAUCAGUUCUUCUUGAUUUCCAACGAAGAUCCGAUUACUUGCCCCGACUGUGACGGCGGAUUCAUCGAAGAGAUCGAUAACAUGCCUCAUGCAGCGCGUGCUCUCCACGCUGACUCCCGUCUCGUCGGCGGCGAUGGAUUCACCGCGAUGUACAAUAGCUCAACUACCCUUCGUCGAAGCCGGAUGAACGGUGGCGAUCGUUCUCCUUUUAAUCCCGUCAUCGUCUUGGCGUCACCUUCCGGGGAAAGUACAAAUGUUGAACAGAGUGGGAGGGGGUUUGAGCUUUAUUAUGACGACGGAGGUGGAUUGGGUUUGCGGCCUUUACCGGCGAGCAUGUCGGAGUUUCUGUUAGGUCCUGGGUUUGACCGGUUAAUUGAGCAGUUAUCACAAAUGGAAAUCCAAAACAUUGGGCGUCACAACCAACCGCCGGCGUCGAAAGCGGCGGUUGAGGCAAUGCCAAUGGUGGAAAUAGACGAUACCCAUAUCCAUAACGAACUGUUCUGUGCGGUAUGUAAAGAACAAUUCGAGUUAGGAACCAAAGUUUUAAACAUGCCUUGUAACCAUUUGUACCAUUCAAACUGUUUACUCCCUUGGCUUCGGUUGCGAAAUUCAUGCCCCGUUUGCCGCCAUGAAUUGCCGGCAGCUAAAGGGGAAGAAGGGGACGGGAGUUCAAAUUCAUUGGAUGAGACCCCCAUGGGGUUGACCAUUUGGAGAUUACCGGGUGGUGGGUUCGCGGUGGGGAGGUUUUCAGCUGGAGAGAAUAGAGAGUUUCCCGUUGUUUAUACGGAAAUGGAUGGUGGUUUUAGCGGCGGAGGGUCGGUGCCGCGGAGGGUUUCAUGGGGGAGUGUAGGGAGGGAAAGAGGAGGGUAUCUUAGAAGGGUGUUGCGGAAUAUGUUUGGGUGUUUUAGUGGUUCAAGUUCUUCUCCUAGGUUGGAUUCAAGGAUAAGGAGAAGUAGUAGAUCCUUUUCCCUUUUUAGUCCUCCUUCAAGGAGAAGAGGUUGGGCUCUUGAACUUGAUAAUGCAAGAUCUAGAAGUAGGAGAAGAAGAAGGUAAUGGCUUAUGAUUUUGAACAUAAUUCACACAAUGUACCAAGAGCCAUAGAAAGUGGUUCCAUUGAAUGGGAUGUUUUUUCUUAUCAUUGUAAAUUAUAGAGGAAAGAAAGGGGAUGAAAUGGCUUUCUUCUUUUCAUCUCAAUUCCAUGAUUUUGUGAAUUGAGACAAAGUUUCAAACUCUGAUAAUAAAAUGGAAGGAAAAAGCAUAUCUUUGAUUUUUCUUUUUGGCAUAUGAAAUUACAAUUACCAUACAGUUUUAAUCUCAA